AAGUAUUCCAAAGAAAAAAAAAAAGGAGCAGGAGAGGAGAGAGCUGUAUAGAGUGAGCAUUGCUGGGAUGUUUUAGCUGGAGCAGCCUCUGUGUGUAAUAUGUCUGCCUGGCAAGCAAAUCCUACAGCAAAGAGUUAAAAUAGUAUGGUCAUUCCUUGUUCCUUUCAAUUCGUGGGCCAGCCCAAUUUAGCUGAUCGCUGGUUAGCAUAGAGGAAACAAAGUUGCAACUUCCAAGCGUCACGGAGUGCGAUUGCCAAAUAGUCCCGUGAGAUGCCUGCAGCGUCCCUAGUGCCUGCAUCUGCGCUCUUCUAAACCGGAGCUGUUGCAGACCUGUGACAAGGGACUAUGGGAAACGGUAUGUGUUCUAGGAGACAGAAGAGGAUUUUCCAGGCUCUCGCCUGCCUGGCCGUGGCCAUAGGAUUCAUAUACGGAGCGGUGCUGAACUAUCAUCUGCAGAAUGAACUCAAAAAGGCAGAGGCUGUGUCACUCAAGUACCAGCAGCAUCACGAGUCCAUCUCGGCGCAGCUGCAAGUGGUGUAUGAGCACAGGUCACGACUAGAAAAAUCAUUACAGAAGGAAAGACUGGAACACAAGAAAGCUAAAGAAGAUUUCCUUGUUUAUAAGUUAGAAGCACAAGAAACCUUAAAUAAAGGAAGGCAAGAUUCCAAUAACAGAUAUAGUGCUCUGACGGUACAGCAUGAAAUGUUAAAGAGUCAACAUGAAGAGUUGCGGAAACAGCACAGUGAGCUGCAAGCAGAACAUCAGAAACUGGGGGAAGACCUCACAAAGACAUACAGUAGUCACAAGGAGAAGUACUUGCUUCUGCAGCAAGAAAAGGAACAGGAGCACUCCAAGCUAAAAGAAAGUAUCUACAAUCUACGAGAGGAGAAUAAACAGCUUAGGAAGGCCCAUCAGGAUGUUCAUAUCCAGCUUCAAGAUGUCAAGCAACAGCAUAAGAACUUGCUCUCUGAACACGAACAAGUUGCAUUGAAUUUGGAAAACCACAAGAGUGCGCUAGCUGCCGCACAGGGCCAGGUAGAAGAGUUUAUGCAGUUAAAAAAAACUCUCAAUAAAAUGUCAAGCCUACGCCAACCAGAAAAGGCCACUGUACCAACAGAACAAAAUAAUUCACCAACUAUUGUACCCACUCAGGAACAUGCCACAGAACAAGAGCCUACGACAAAUGUUCGACAAGUAGUGGAUCAUGAUAUCAUCAUCAGGUCAAGCACUGCUGCCAAUGAUGAGGCGGUACAGCUGAACAAAGUGAAAACAAAUCUUGACAAGCCAAAUGAAGACACUAGGCCAUUGCAAGAGACAGAGACACCCACUGAGCAUCCAGUUGAAGUAGAAGAUGAACACAAAAAGGAACUGGAGGAAGAAGAAAUGGAACAGGCUGGAAAGCCAGAACGUUUGAUUGAAGAACAAGAUCAAGUACAAGAGGAACAGGAGCUAAACAAGCCAGAAGAAGAGGACCAUGCAUUUGAAGGAAAUGACGAGGAGCAAAAUGAAGAGGACACCAACAAUAUACAAGGAAAUAAACAUAUUGAGAGGGAUUCAACACCCAAGCCUCAGAGCAAGUACAGAUCUGCCUAUGAGGAGCAGCUGGAACAACAGCAACUAGCAGCAAGGCAAAUGGAUGUAGCUAGGCGCCUCAAAGAGCAACAGGAUCUACUGCACCAGCAGAGGCUCAAAGAGCAUUUUCUCCACCAGCAGCAGCUGCAUGAGAAGGACCUUGAACUGCAGAGGCAAAAUAAAUAUAAAGAGGAGCAGCUUGCUGAGAAGCUAAGGAAGCAGGCAGAGUAUGAGAAUGCUGACCAUGAUAUUGUACAAGGAGAAGAAGAACAACCUAUUCAGCAGGAGGAAGCAGCUUAUGAAAGAGAUAAUCACCAAGAUGAGGCAGAAGACUUAGACGCUGCUAACAAUGCAAAUGAGGAGCAAGCCAUGGAUCAAGAAGCUGAAAGCAGAGAGGGGCAAGAGAAAGCUGUUGCAGAAGAUGUGAAUCCAGCGGACGAUCCAAAUAACCAAGGGGAAGAUGAAUUUGAAGAAGCAGAACAAGAACGAGAGGAGAACCUGGCCGACGAGAAUGAGGGGAUGAGGCAGCAGCAAGACCAUGCUGAGGUCCAGGAACAUUUAGCGAUGGCUGUAAACCCUGAUCAGCAAGAGGACAAUAUUGACCAACAGUACCAAGAAGAAGAGGAGGAGGUCCAAGAAGAAUUAACAGAAGAAAGAAAAAGGGAACAAAAUGCUGAAGAGAUGUAUGGGGAAAAUGAGGAAAAUGAAAGACAGAUGGGUGCAGAGAGAGAAACUGAUUUACAACAUGAAGACAACAAAGAAAGAAAUGAAGAUAACUAUGAGGAGGAAGAGGAGGAAGAAGAUGGGGUAGCUGGGGUGAAAAAUAAGCGAAGAGCUGAAAUGUAAUGACUAGAAACAGAUGAGAUGCAAAUACCAAGUUGGCCUUUAUCUUUUUUCCUUUUGUACUUUUAUAUUAGAAUAUAUUGGAUCUUUAUAUAUAAAGACUGUAUUUUUAUUAAAUAACGCUUAUUUUAAUAAUUUAGGCUUUUUUUUAAAAAAAAAAGUUCUGCAUCUUAAACCCAUAAGUUAUCCAAGCAGAUGUUUCAAAACCUAAAGAUUGCCUUGUGUUGCAUUAGAUGCAUCAAAUGCCUUGUUUUAUGAAGCAGAACUUUGGCUAUUAGAUUGAAUAUACAUUAUAUAAAUGUUCCUAUAUGUGUGUGUGGAAUUUGCCUUUUAUCAGAAUGGAAAGUAUGUAAGAUAAUGUAGCUAUGCCUCACUAGCUCAAGUUUAUAAAAGGUCAUGAGAUCCAAGAAUAUGCAACUUGUGACCAUCCAUCUGUUGUUAGUCUCCAUGUGCUGCGAGGGAGUGCUUGUGUAUGCAGUUCAACAGCAGCUUCAGGGUCUGUUAUUGAGCAUCCCGGUUCAAGAGCAGCCUUUCUAAAUUGCUCCCUGAGUUAUGAAAUAUAAAGCCGGCUUUCAGAAAGUGCUCUUGUAUUAUUAGACACUACAAAAUUGUCUCGAGCAAUAAUGUGAAAAGUUUGAGCAUACCAGCGACUAGGACCUGUCAUUUAAAUCUUUCAUAUUGAAUUACAAAAUAAAGUCUAUUCCUGUGCCUUAUGUACAAACAACAAUAUAUAACUAUAUGUUUCCAAUUGCAGACAGAGGAAGCAAUAAAGAAACAGGGGGUGCAUUAUUAUAAUACAUAUGUUUCAGGGAGCCAUGUGACAGAAAUGUUAUCAGCACCUGCAGAAUUUCUAGCUUUUACUUUUGGGAACACACAAUUUUGAGGGGUGCAGUGGCAAACCAUAGUUUAACACUUGAAAAGUAUGAUCUGUUGUGCAGAAGAUAAAUGUAUCCUUUAAUUAAAUGUUCUGUUUACAGCUAUUUGAAGUGAUCUAUUGCAGUUUGAUGAGUUUUGUAUAAAAACACCCAGCCUGUGGCCUUUUGUACUUCAGGUAUGCUUACCAGUAAUAGUUUGAGGUAUCUCAACCAGUGUAAUCAUUUCAAACACGAUUGUUGUGCCAACUGGUUUGCCUCCUGACAUCAACACUUAUAAUGGCAACCUGUCAUGACGUGGUAUUUCUCCACUACAGGAGAAGACUCCUUGGUCUUUCAAGGCCCCCACCUUAUCCUCCAUUUAUAUAUAGUAGAUGUAUUUAUUAAUUGACUGUAAUCCGCUAGGUAAAUGUAAAAGACAUAACAACAUAGUUCUUCUUUGAGUAAUUUCUGAGUACCAUGUUAUAAGCAGUAACCCUGUAAUCAAAUCAUGGUACAAUUAUUUUGUUUACAUUGGCAUUUAGUGUAUCAUUUUAAUCUGUAAGAAACGUGCCAUAGCAUGGGAAAAAGUCCACCCAUUUGUUGUGCAGCUGAAUUCACUGAAUGAUUAAGAGAAACUUCAUUUAAUAAGAGGAUAAUGCUUUACACUUCAGCAGAGCUUAAAACAACAAUCAUCUCUGGCCAUUAUUAUGAUGUGUUCAACUCCAAUAGAUAUUUGAUUUCAUAUCACAAAGUAUGUGAAGAUUUGUACAAAUCAGUUUGUUAAUCUAGCCCUCGAUAACCCAGAUGAGGUUUUACUAGACAAUUGGGAUUAUUGGUGUUCUUCCUGCUAUGAUCAUGUUUUUGUUAUUUGUUUAGUUAAAUAGGAAUGUUGAAGAUACUCCGUGGUUGGUCCUUGCAUGGUAGAUACUCAGAUUACCAGUAAACAACCCUUUCCUGACUGUUUAGGCUUAAAGUCAAGAGUUUGUUAUGCAAGGAUCAAAUAUUUCCCCAUUGAUUUCUUCUUCUGCUAACUCUGGUGAAAAUAAGAUAUUAGAAUGCACAGUUGAAUGUAGUCUGCACUGAAUAGCCAUCUUAACAUUAUGUGCAAGUGCCUAUCUGCUUUAGAAGGACCCAAGACUUUGGUGUUGCUCAGUGCUAGACAAAUAAUGUGGCUUGAUGGCUUAAAACACUUUAGCUGCUGUAAGGGCACAAUGGGAUACUAAAGGCAGAGUACAAAUACAAACCUAGGUUGCAGUCUUAAUUUGAAAACAGGGUAAACCAGCAUUGUUUAGAAUGGCGUAGUGCCAUAGCAAUGUGUUCAGAACAAAGCAUUCUCUACAAAUGGAAGACCCUUCUAGAUACACUAAGAGAUCUUUGUACUACAUGUUUGUGUAUUCUCAGAAAAAAAAUUAUUGAUAAGUCAUACAAGCCUUUGAGGACCAGGCAAAAGGCUGCACAAAUUGCUUUUUCUGCUCCUCUGGAAAGUCUGUGGAUGAAACCAUAAUACAACCUAGUUAUUAAUUUAUGAUUGAAUUAUUUGUGGUUUAUGUGCUUGCUUUAGCAAGGUGGGUUUGUGGAUUUGUUUACUGAAGUCAUUUUGAGCAAACUGCUCAUAGAAUAGAAUAAAUCUCACCUCCAUAAAUAUUUCAAGUGCUUUUCAUCCUACCACACAUACUCGCGUCUGUCGUUGCUUUUAGCUAUAGGUUGUAUGUACUGUUGCCUUUUAUUUUUUAGGGAAUGCAUAUAUCAUAGAUACUAAAAGGAAAAGUGCUGUUUUUUUCUGUAAUGAUACACUAUGCAAUCUAUUUUCAUACUAUUCCUUAACAGAGUUUAUAUGGAGUAAUAAUGAAGAUUUAAUGAGAAUUAAUAUGUGACUAACUUGGGGGAAUACAGAAUUAGAAGGGGACGUUGAAAAGGCUGCAACACAACAGGUGCAGCAAUAAUGAACUGGAAUUCUGGCCAAUGUAUUCUAUGCUCAUAUUACACCUUCUGCUUUACUCAUAUCUAAGCUGGUAGGUUUUUAUUUGGUAUAAUGUAUUGCUUUCCAAAAAGGCAUCUACAGUUAUUUAAUGAACAAUUCAUAACUGGGAUGUUACAAAACCAAUCAGGAGAAAGAAGCAGAAAUACUUUUCGUGUUAUAAAACAGGGUCACACAAGUGUGAAUCUAAUCGCCUUUUGUAGUGCUACCUUUAUACAUAUCUGGCUCUGAAUUGCACCCCCCUUCCCCCAUGGAAUAUGAUGUAUAUGCUGUGGGUGACUGAGCAUCAGUACUAUCACAAUGUUUUAUUUGUAGAGCCUGAAAGUGCCAUGAUGCUUCUACAUUUUGGCCAUUAUACCAAAUGCACCAUGGACAAGCAAAUGGUCCAAAAUGAAAAGUAUGCAGGAAUCUGCAAUGCACAAAUGCUGCAGCCCCCAACUCAAUGGGCAGUGUCAGCUGGAGGCACAGUGUGUGACCAGACUAAAAAUUAUAUAGAUAAUUACAUUAAUUAUUAUUAUUCUGUAACUUACACUUUUACAUUUGUGACCAAGAGGCCUUAACUCUGGUUAGGGCUCUAGAGUAAAUGCCUAACCCAAAAUCAGGUCUUGACAAGGGUCAGACGUGGCCAACAAUACACUAGUUAUAGGGAUGCUGGCAUAAAAAUAAGUGCUUACUUAUGAAAACAAUGUGCAAUAUUUUGUUAUGUAGUUCUGUGCUUUUAAAUGUCUUAAUGCUUGUUGCUGCCUACUUCCCUUCUGUCCAACAAACAGAGUUGUCUUGAUCUAUGGCAGGAAUUCUAGAUAAGCUCUCAGGAGCAGAGAUGUUCUCAAGCGCCAGACCUCUUAUUUAUGGAUACAGUAGUCUAAAAGACACAAUAGGAUUUAUUACCCUUUUUGUGAAGGGUGGAACCACACAAUUCAAAGGGGUUGUUUAACUUUAAAUUAACUUUUAGUAUGAUGUAGAGAGUGAUAUUCUAAAACAAUUCUCAUUUGGUUUUCUUUUUCUCUCAUUUGUGUUUUUUUAAGUUAAUUUGCUUUUUAUUCGGGAAGCUCUCCAGUUUGCCGUUUCAGACAUCUGGUUGCUAGGUUGCAAAUUAACCUCGCAACCAUGCACUGAUUUGAAUAAGGGACUGCAAUAUGAAUAUGGGAGGGCCUGGCUGGAAAGAUGAAUAUUAAAAAAGCAGCAAUAACAAUAAUUUUUGUCUUAUGGAGCUUUGGUUUUUUAGAGGGGGGUCAGUGACCCCUGUUUGAAAGCUGGAAAGAGUCGGAAGAAGAAGGCAAAUAAUUCAGCAACUAUAAAAAAAGAAAAAAUGAAGGCCAAUUAAAGUUGCUUAGAAUUAACCAUUCUAUAACAUUGUACAAGUUACCUAAACAGUGAAGCCAGUGCUGGGCCAACGAGGGCAGGCGCCCAAUACCUGAGUGCGCAUGCGCGGAAAGACACAAAUGCGCAAAAAAAUACGAGUGCGCAUGCGCACUUGCGUUUUUCGCGCAUGCACACUAGUAUUUUUCGCGCAUGCGCAAACGCGCACACGCAUACGUCGGCCAGUGCAGGGACCGGACUGGGGGAUAGCAGAGGCAGAGAAGGUGCGUGCCUGGCGCCCCUCCAGCUUUGCGCCCUAGGCACGUGCCUACUCUGCCUACCCCUAAUUCCGGCCCUGAGUGAAGCACAUUAUAUAUAAAUCAUAUAAGACUUUUAAAGGCAAUUGUGUGAUUACAGUGUCCCUUUUUUAAAAUGAACAUGACAUAUAUUUGAAUGGGUCUAGUGGACCUACACCAAACGUUUAUCUUCUUUAUGCAGAGCUAUCCUAACAAGGGAAAGAAAGUGCAGGAAAAAAAAAUGAUUCCCUUGAUGAGAAAAGCUUGUUUCCAGGCACAACUUUCUCAUUAAUUGUUUUGCACGUGUCCUAAAGAGACAAAUUAGCUGCAUUUAUCAGGAGAUGCUUUACAGUACUGCAACACAAUGUGUUUGCCCUCGUCCCCAGGCUGCCAUUCCAUGUGAUUGAACUUCCCCUUUCCACUGCUUGUCGUAUCUAUGAAACAUUGAGCAGGGACCAAGUGUGAAAUGAAGGUCUUUUCAUUGGAAAUGUGUUUAAUGUCCAUUUUUAGGAUCCCCUUGCGUGCGACAGUUUUGUAUACCUGAAUGGAAUUUUAUACUAUAGGUACAAAUGGAGUGUCAUUUUUUUCAUGCUGACUUUAAAAAUUCUGAAUAUGAUUCAUAAUAUACUGUAAAUGUACUUUUAAGGUGCUGCUUGAAGACAAUAGGACAUUUCUGCCUGCUAUUGAUAGGCCGGACACUAGAAACGUUGCCAAUUUUAGGCUUACAGUGUAUCAUGGGAAAAAAUGACAACUAAAGCUGUGUAGUUUUUUUAAUGUAAAAUGUAUAAUAUGUACAUAGGUAUUUCUGAAUGCAAAAACUAUUUUGAUGUCUUAGUUUGUGUUUUUAAUGAGAAUUUCUCUAUUUAAUGAAGUCGAAAGAUGUUUUUAGGUUUUGGUUCCCCCAUCUGUAACGUGGGGUCAUUGGCAAUAAAUUUGGACAUAAAACUUUGAAA